CAGGGGGAUACCGGCCGGGAGGGGGCCCACCUCCGGGAGUCCUGCGGCCGUGCGUCCCGCCCGCCGCCCGUCACGCUCCGAGGCGUCGGCGUGAAGACGCGGGGAGGCGGUGGGAGCGAGUGGCGGGUGUGCGGUGUCUGGGCGGCGGGCGCUGCGCGGUGGCCCCGCGAUCUGGGUGUGCGUGGACGUGAGUCUGUGCACACAUGUGUGUGGGCCUCUGGGGGCCUUGGCCCGGCGCGCACGGCCCUGAAGGUCCGGUGUGCCCGGGAGUCCGGGGUGUGUGCAGGUGGACGGUGUGCAUGCAACCGGGGCAGCGAGGCCGCCUAGAGCCGCAGGGCGGAGCGUGGGCGCGCGGGUCUUUGUGCCCGCGUGUGUGCGCGUGGGCGUCGCCGCGCUCUGUCCCGGGGGAGCCGGCAGCUGUCCUGGGGGAUGCCGCGCUGGUCCGGCCCUGGUCGCUCCCAUCCCGCUCCUUCCCGGAACCCGGUACCCUCCCUUCCCCUCCACCCUGCCUCGCCUCUGCGCAGCGACUGGGACCCGCCCCUGGGUUCCUCGAAAGCCCAGCGGGGCGCUGGGGACCCUGGGGGCUCCCAGCCCGGCCUAUCGCCUCUAGAAGCCGGGCAAGGAGAGGCAGGAGGGGAGGGAGAAGCCGCGAAGAUGCUGCUGCAACCUCGGCGGACGAGCCGGACCGCCAUCCCCGUCCCCGCCCGGCGUGGUCCUCUGCUCCCCCUCAGCCCCCAGCUGGAAGGCGGGGUCCCUCUCCAGGCCCCCAGCAUCUCCCCUCUGGCCCCGCCUCUCCCUGGGCAGGCUGUCUCUGUUUCCACCUUCCACUCUCCGUCCUUUCCUUUCCUGUGCCCUCUUCUCACACCCUGGAGUCCCGGACUGGGGCUGAGGGCCGGGCAGUGGAGGAUGUGGCUGAUGCCCUGGGAGGGGGCGCGAACCCUGACACCAACUCAACCAGUAACAGCAACCAUUCAGCCUGGGACCUGGGCAGUGCCUUCUUUUUCUCAGGCACCAUCAUCACAACCAUUGGCUAUGGCAACGCAGCCCUGCGCACAGACGCUGGGCGCCUCUUCUGCAUCUUUUAUGCGCUGGUGGGGAUCCCGCUGUUUGGGAUACUGCUGGCCGGGGUCGGGGACCGGCUGGGCUCUUCCCUGCGCCGCGGCAUCGGUCACAUCGAAGCCAUCUUCCUGAAGUGGCACGUGCCACCGGGGCUGGUGCGAAUUCUAUCCGCGGUGCUCUUCCUGCUGAUCGGCUGCCUGCUCUUUGUCCUUACGCCCACGUUCGUGUUCUGCUACAUGGAGGGCUGGAGCAAGCUGGAGGCCAUCUACUUCGUGGUGGUGACACUCACCACGGUGGGCUUCGGGGACUAUGUGGCCGGGGCCAGUCCCAACCAGAACUUUGCAGCCUACCAGCCGCUGGUGUGGUUUUGGAUCCUGCUCGGCCUGGCCUACUUCGCUUCAGUGCUCACCACCAUCGGGAACUGGCUGCGAGUCGUGUCCCGCCGCACUCGCGCAGAGAUGGGUGGCCUCACGGCGCAGGCCGCCAGCUGGACGGGCACGGUGACCGCGCGGGUGACCCAGCGAGUUGGGCCCACGGCACCACCGCCGUUGGAGAAGGAGCGGCCACCCCUGCCUCCACCGCCUUGCACGGCGCAGCCUGCCAGCAGGCCCCUAUCCCCUGCGGCCCCGGAGAAGACCGAGCCGUCCUCCCCGCCCUCCCCGCCCACGCCGCCCACGCCGCCCACGGCCUCCGCGCUGGACUACCCCAGCGAGAAUCUGGCCUUUAUCGACGAGUCCUCGGACACGCAGAGCGAGCGCGGCUGCGCGCUGCCCCGCGCGCCACGGGGUCGCCGCCGCCCCCUCAAUCCCCCCAGGAAACCGUCGCGGCCCCGCGGCCCGGGGCGCCCCCGGGACAAAGGCGUGCCCGCGUAGAGGGAGGACCCCGGCCCCGGCCUCUCAAAGGGCUUCGUUCUGGCCCUCUCACCCCGGCAUGCUCUGCUUGUCUGACCAAAGAGCCCUCUCUCGACCGACCGGACCGAAACCUGGGGAGGAGGCCAUGGGCUGCUUGUCUGCCACCCCCUGCUCCUGGCCCUGUCACUUCAUCCAUUUCCAGACUCCCACGGCUUUCUGUCUCGCUGUCCCGGCCGGGCCUGUCCCUCACAACACCUCACGACUGUGCCUCAAAGCCCGCAUCAAUAAACGGAAACAGUCUGCACGGC